AUGAAGUUCUCUCUCCUGUCCCUUGCCGUCUUCGCGUCGGCCGUGGCCGCCCAGACCACCGCUGCGGCGGACUCGUCUUCGGAUUGCGCUGCCGACUACAUCGUCAGCAGGUGUCUUGAGACGGAGAACGAUAAGCUCGAUGCCUGCGUGACUGGCGACUGGAACUGCAUGUGCUCGCAGUGGCAAAACAUCGUAACAUGCUACAACAACUGCCCCAACGAUCAACGAGUGUCCACCGCCAAAGGCCAGGAGCAGAUCUUCUGCGGCUACGCCAGCCAGUUCCCGUCCGCCACCCCGACCAAAGCGGCGGCGGCCAAGACGACAGUCCCGACCCCCGCCGCCACGACAAGCGGUGCCGCCGCCCAGAGCCAGGCUGAGGACGCGGCCGCCACCGCCACCACCACGGGCACCAACACUGCCACCUCGACAGGCACUGCGGCUUCUACCACCAAGUCGAGCAGCGCCGGCGACCUCGUCCUCAACACGGGCAGCAUCCUAGCGGCUGUCGCUGGUGUUGUGGCUGCGGUGUUGUAG